AUGGCUGGUGUGGUGUACCCUGGACAGGCCCCCGUGGAUUUAGACAUAUACCAAAGCUCUUACAUGGUCGACUACAAACCCUACGGGAAGUACAAAUACUCCAGGGUCACGCCGCAAGAGCAGGUGAAGCUUGACACCCAGCUGCGGGACAGAGAGUUCUACAGGCCCGCCCCCAGCCCCAACCCCAAGCUGUCUGGUGGAUACGCUGCCUUCAAAAGACCCCACAUGACUGCCAGAGACCUGGGACUCCCUGGCUUCUUCCCGUCACAGGGCCCCGUGGCCACAGUGGAGCACGAGGACAGGUUCACCAGUACCUGCCCUUACACCUACCCGGCUUCCCACGCCCUGUACCUGGCCCAGGGUGAUCCCAACCGGCUUCACCAGAGCGCAGACUUCCCAUGCCUCCUGGAGCCGGAGCGCCAGCCUGCUUCAGAGGAGGGCACAGGCUACCUUCUCCUGCCCGGCUGCUCCUGCCCUCACCAUCACCCAACAGUCAAAGUCCCCAUCUUGUACCGGUGGGGACCAUUGAUGCCGUUUUACCAGUAG